GAGCCUAUUAGACGGUUGCACCCGGAAGUGAGGGAAUCCUAGGGCGCCGGAAGCAGGAAGUGUGCCCGUUUCUCACGCUUCAGAGGGGAGAAGAAGGCGCCGGUUCUUAAGCAGCUCUUCCAGAACUGUGAAUGUACCAGAGAGUGAAAUCAGCACUGGAUCCACAGCCUCUGAACUUGGACGACGUUGGCUGUCCCUGGAAAAAGCCUCCUAGAACGUGGGCCCAUUUUGCAAACUACUCCUUGCAUUACCCCUGCCCCAGCAGACGCACGGUUCCUCAGGGCUGAGGGAAGAGCAUGUCCCAAGCUACGAAACGGAAGCAUGUGGUGAAAGAAGUCCUGGAGGAGUAUGUGGUUCCUUCAGAAAGGCAGCAGAUUGUCCGGGUACUGGGGACUCCUGGCAACAACCUCCAUGAGGUGGAGACACCUGAAGGGACACGGUUCCUCGUGAGCAUGCCCACGAAAUUCCGGAAGAAUAUCUGGAUCAAGAGAGGUGACUUUCUGCUGGUGGAUCCCAUAGAAGAAGGAGAGAAAGUAAAAGCUGAGAUCAGCUUUGUCCUUUACAAGGACCACGUUCGCUAUCUGAAAAAGGAGGGAUACUGGCCAGAGGCCUUCUUAGGCAAUGUUGCAGGAACUCAGAGCAGUGCUAAAGAGAGAGAUGGGCCGCAAAGCCCACCCCGUUCUGCAGGGGAGGAAGACUCAGAAGAUGACGAUGUUGGCUUAUUUGUGAACACGAACAGGGUCAACUAUGGCUAUAUAGAGAGCGAAGACAGCAGUAACUCGGAGGAAGAGAAGUAACAGACCAAGCCGGCCUAGAGAAAAGGGGUAUUGCCUCAGACCCCAGCCUCUGUCUGUUAGCGUUGAUUGGGGGGACGGGGCCUUGCAGGAACAUUUCGAGUAGCUUUUGCAGGAAAACAGCUGGCAUAGCCUGUUAGGAGCCAUGGCUUGGUCCUGGAGGUGCACUUUGAGCUUAACUUGACUGGAUGCCUCUGCUGUGUUCCAAGCCUGUCCCCCCUCCCAUACCUUAUUUAAUAAAAAGUAUGGCCCAGAACCAUCAUUACAACAGGUCCCAAGCGUCAAGAUACAUUGAUAAUUUUGAAGUGGCACUACUUUCUUCUAAGACAGAAAGCAGGCCAGUCUAUAUUAAAGGAUCACCAGGACACACAGGUAGUUAGGCUACUGCUGAAUUAAAAGGUAGCAAAGACGAUCUCAGCUUUUCCAGUCCUGGUUCUCUCUCUGCCAGGUUCACACGGCCUUCCUUUCAUUUUUCUCUGAUGGUUGCUAGCUUUGGCUCUUGAGAGGGGCAGCAUAGCUGGGGAGGGUAAAUACUACUGUUUUGUAUUCCAGUAUUAAACAAAUGUUUUAAUAAACUUUAAAGAGGCAAUGAGAAAA